AUGGCACCCGACGGGAAGAGGUCAGCUCCGAAGCAAACAGACACGAACAGGGAUACGACAUUUGCAAACGUCGUCUCUGCCUACACCUCGCGGUUUGGGAAGAACGACGACCAAUCGACCGUGACGGAAGAGCAGCGCAGAAAAAGGCAGCAUGCUGCAGCUGAACUGGCAGAUUCAUACUACGAUUUCGCCAGUACGGCGUACGAGAAUGGCUGGAGCACGCACUUCCACUACACGCCAUUUGCGGCCCACGACACCAUCCAGUCGGCACUGGCCUUCUACGAGCAUCGACUCGCGCUGCUCAUGGGCUUGAAGCCCGGCAUGAAGGUUCUCGACGUGGGCUGCGGCAUCGGCGGGCCGGCUCGCGAAAUCGCCAAAUUCAUCGGAUGCCACGUCGUCGGCGUCACCAUCAACCAGUCCCAGGUCGACCGGGCCACAUAUCUCACUGCGCAGGAGGGAUUGAGCAAGAGCUGUACGUUUGUCAAGGCGGAUUUUUUGAAUCUUCCCUUCCCCCCAUCCAGUUUCGAUGCCGCCUACGCCAUCGAAGCCACCGUCCACUCGCCGUCCCUUGUGGCCGUGUACGCCAAUGUCGCGCGCGUGCUGAAACCCGGCGCUGUCUUCGGUCUCAGUGAGUGGGUCAUGACCCCGACUUUCGACCCGUCGAAUCCGAAACACUGCGCCAUCCGCAACCGGCUGGAGCGCGGCAACGGCUUGUGUAAUCUGCACACGAGCGACCAGGCGCGCGCGGGAAUGGUCGCCGCGGGAUUCGACCUCUUUCACGACGAAGACUAUGCCCAGCAUUUCGCAUACAUGUCGCAAGGACGAAAAGCCGAGCAUGACCAUGAUAAUCACGGGCGGCAACAACAGCAGCAGCAACAACAACAGCAGCAGCAACAACAGCAGCAACAACAACCGCCGCCCGUCCUGGACCCCAUGGACCCAAGUACGUCCACACCAGGCUCUCCGACGGCCUUGCCGCCAUUGCCAUCGCCAUCGCCAUCGUCAUUCUCGCCUCGCGCCUGUGUGACGCCCUAUGCCCAUCGACACUGGUGGUGGCCGCUCGAAGGCAACACCGCCCUAGCCACCACCUGGACAGACUACUGGACGGCAUGGAAGAUGUCGACGUGGCCGCGGCGACUGUGCUAUGGUCUGCUGUGGACGCUGGAACGACUCCACAUAGCGGACCGGGGUUCCUGCGAGGCCAUGACCACUCUCGCCUAUUGUGUCGACAGCGCGGUCGAGGCUGGUCGUGAAGCCAUCUUCACUCCGUGCUGGUGGUUCAUAGGACGGAAAUGCAUCGAGGUAGACUCUCCCGCUAGUGGUUCAUAG